AUGGCCUCGCUCACUUUAUUUGUUUUAUUGGCAACUAUUUGCUUUUGCGUGGCGCUUGAGUGCUACGCAGGAUUUAAGUACGUCGCUGGAAGAAGUAUUGGUACGUCCACAGUCACUUGUUCAUCAUCAACCGAUUACUGUUACAAUGCAACGGCAGACAUCUCACAACUGAACCAGCUGUCGAUGGCCGGGUGCUCGACGACUCGAUGCUUUUUGAGCCGGAAUAAAUGCAUCAACCAGAUAUUGAACGGCCGAGAAAUCAAGUUCUGUUGUUGUAAUUCUGGUGAUCUGUGCAACUCGAAAUAUUCGAACCUCACGUUCUUCGAGAAGGUGAAGGAACGGAUCAAGGAUGUCACGAAAGUCAUUGGUUAA